AUAUUUCCUACCACUCCCUUUUUUCGUCUGCCAUUUACUUUGAUUUCAGGCAAAGAGUUUCUCUUGUUAGCUCCGCCGUAUUCACAUUUGGUUUUUCUGUUUUGAGUCUAUUUAAGGGAACAUUCGCGCCACUUGAGAUCUAAAAGAAAAUGAGCACCAAUAGGACAUGCAAUAGCUCCUUCUGGACUAGGGAGGAGGAUAAAGUCUUUGAGAACACCCUAGCGAUCUACUUUAACAAAAACAAUCUAUUGAGAAUGAUGGAAGAAGCACUUCCUCAAAAAUCACUUCAGGACAUCAAGGAUCACUAUAAUAUACUCUUAGAAGAUAUCAAUGACAUCAAUUCUGGAUGCGUUCCAUUACAUAAUUAUCCGGAAAUGCAAAGCAAUGCCAACCAAAAUUCGAAAGCAGACGUCGAAAGGCGAAGAGGGACUACUUGGACAGAACAGGAACAUAGGUCAUUUCUCCGGGGCUUAGCUAUAUAUGGAAGAGGUGACUGGAGAAGUAUAUCUAGGCACUGUGUGAUUACAAGAACUGGAAUGCAGGUGGCGAGCCAUGCCCAGAAAUUUUACAAGUGCCUCGAAGCUGCCAACAAAGGGAAUAGAAGAGCAAGCAUUCUUGAUAUUACCAGUGUGGAUGCUGAAGCUGCUGGAACUUCCCUAGUUCCAAACGCCGAGGAUAUGAUUGGGCCAGCUUUUGGAGGAUCACAAGUAGUGCCAAACACUAGUAAUGAGAGCAUGUUACCUCAAGAAAGUACCAAUGCUGAGCAGCAGAUGAUAACAGUUGCUGAAGGCAUUGAUGACCUAAUGAUGGAGCAGGAGGAUGUUACUGCUGCUAGAAGUGGAACUUACAGUCAUCCCAUCACUAGAAUUGGGAGUGAUCUAGAAGCAUUACUCGCUGAGCCCAUGGAUGUAGACAAUGAUAUUAGUUCCAUUUUUGAUGUUGGGAAAGCACCAACUUCCAGUUAUGCAGCUGCAGAGGCGGCUCCUCCUUAUUUACAUCCCUUUGCCCCCUCAUCUAACACCCCCGUUGAUGAUGAAGGCAUUUUUGAUACUGAUGACCUGUUCACAGAUUAGAUGUUCUGAUUUGGUGGCAUCCAGAUGGCUAUUAAUCUUGAUACUGCACCUGUUUUUUUUGAAGACUUAUUCCAUUAUGCUAGACAGUUUUGCUCUUCUUUAUUUUCUCUUAGUCUCCCUUAGUGAGCAGGAUUUUGUCUAUCUUCAAACUCUUUUGAGGGACUAGGUUGUGGCUAUUCCUCAUAUCAUUGAUCUCACAAAUGAACUGGCCCGUGAGGACUUUCAAAGUGGUUGUGUAUGGCAGGAAUUUGUUGAUGAGUUGCAAUUGAUUGUCCACAGUCCUGAUUUUGGUUGAAUUUUUUCAAUAAAAAGCAUAUAGCAGUUCGAGUU